AUGGCCGCCGUAUUGAGCACUAUGGUGGGGUACGGAGACCUGGCGGUGUCUCUCUUGCACUGGAAAACGAUUCUAGUGGUGUAUGCGUUAGCCAACAUCAAGAACUGGCACUUCAUGUGGCAUGUCCGUUUUCUCCGCGCACUCAUCCGUCGUAUGACGGAUUCGGCUCCAUCAAAACACCUCAAUCCGCGUUGCCUCUUCCUGCCUGCCAUCACCACCACGCGAGCUCCCAUGCUCGAGUGUGACUACAACAUGCACAAGUCCAACUCGACCUACUUCACGGAUCUGGACAUCUCCCGUGGUAACUUCAGCUUGAUUUUCUUCAGCAAACCAUUCAACCCGUUCCCUGGCCCGAACAAUUUCAUCAUGAUCCUUGGCGGCGCGAAUUGCGUUUGGAGAAAGGAGAUAUUGCCUUACCAGCCAUAUGAACUAUGGACUCGCGUUCUAACAUGGGAUGAGAAAUGGAUCUAUCUCGUGAGUCAUUUCGUCAAGGCAGGCCAUUUUAAACCGGGAGAGUACGCCAUGCAACCGAACUCCAGGACCUCUAAGAAAGGCAAGAGCGCAGAUAUUUCCAAGGAUCCGCACAAGGCCGUCUUUGCAUCCUCGGUGGCCAGGUACGUGUUCAAGAAUCAGAGGCGAACAGUGCCACCUGAACAGGUGCUGCGGGACUGUGGGCUUUUGCCGGAAGACGAGACGGCCUUGAUGGAGGUGGAGAAAUUGAGGGCAAAGUGGUUGCCCGUCGCCCAGCUCAAAUGUGGCUGGGAUAUGGUCCAUGAUCUCUUUGAGCCCGGGGAGAUGGCUUUGGGCCGUUAUACGGAUAUGUGGUGGCGAUAA